UGGUGGUUACAGUCAGCUGACUUACUGAAGGGCGACAGAGCAAAUGGCUUCGUUCUCACAGGUUCCCAGGUUUAAUCCUGGUCCUUCCCUCAGAUAACUGCAUCACAAACAUCCACCAAGAGCGAAUUGAUGGAGUGAUGAGUGAUGGAGGCUGCGGUGUGGGAUCGCCCUAGAGGAAGAUGCUAAAGGUACAAAAAUAGUGUACACAUCAGAAGGUGAGCUCCUCCUCCUCCUCACCUGUGUCAAGCUGAUCACCUGCAGCGCCUCCAUUGUGUGACGCAGACAUCUCAGCAGCAGAUCCAUUAAUCCUGUUGGAUGUGGUUCGUCCUUCCUGGUGGUAUGCUGACGUUACCCUGGAUACCGUGGCUCUUGAUACAUCACAAAGACUUGCUGUCUUGGUCACAGAUGCGCCAGCAAGACGUGCACCAACAAUUUGUCCUCUUUUGAACUCUGAUUAACUACAGUUUAGAAGAUGCAUUUUCCUGUGAAGAAAAUAAUUAGAGUCAUGGUCCAAUACAUUUGCCCCAAGAAGACGGCCAUCUCCAAAAUUGCAGUCAAUAAUGAACAUGGAUCUUCACAUGAAAAAUGGUCUCUCAUCCAGAGAAAGGGUCCUUUAUGGAAGGAAGAUCCAAUGAAGAUGGAAGAGAAUCCACUCUCAACCCAGCGCAACCUGCCUAUGACCAAGAACUGCUAUCCAGUUGAAACUGAUAAGUGUGGGCCACUUUACAUAAGAUUUAAUGGUGUCCACCGGAGGAAGUUCUUUUGGAACAUGCUUGGAACAAACUAUUCAACAGCUCGCCAACAUCACAUGUCAGCAGUGAAGAACCUUUCAUCUCCGCUCCUAGGUUCUCAGCUUACCUUAGACAGAAGUAGGAGCAGGAAUUAUGGACCAGAUUAUGCAGAGACAAACUUCCCUUGUGCAGUGAGUGACCUUAUCAAGAUUCUUCCAAAGUUCUGGAGUGAAACUGGAUUUGCAAGCAGCAUACUGAAUGAAGUCCAAAAGCUGGGAUUCUGGGUUCCUUCUGAACCCAGAAUGUCUGUGAGCAGGAAUGAGUUUCAAGAUUUUUCUCUAGAUCCUGGAUCAGCAGACCAAAGACCAGAGUCUCCAGUUUCCAGUCUGCUGACCAUGAAGAGCAACAAAUCCAAGGAGGAGCCUCUUUGGUUCAGGAAUGAGUCGGAUCUCAGCAAACUUUGCCAAGGCCGUAAAAUGGAUGUUCUUGUUGAGGAAGUGGAAAACAGAAAUAUUUUAGUGUUACAAUGGCUGUUCGAGAAUCAUCAGUUCAAUGAUGAAGAUCAAGAGGUCACCAAAGAACCCGGACCUUCAUGGCCAGAGAGCUAUCUCAUUGGUUCAGCUGCAAGUUCAGGUUGGUCCAGCCCUGCUUCUCUGAGUGAUGACUCUGGGUAUUCAGAAAUCCUCUCCUGUCCUGAAAACCAUCUUUUAGUGUCUGGAAUGACUGAAGUCUGGGUGUUGACUGUUUGUGUGGACAACAACAAGGACAGACCAGCAUCUCCAUUCUGCAGUUGUCUGUCUGAGAUCAGUGUUUGGUCCACAGAUGAACUUCCUGUCUUCGCUAAUGAACCUGGCCAUUAAGUUUCUAGCAUCAACUCACCCAGUAAGGAUAAUAGCAAGCAUCACGGGUGGCAAAGACAUAUGAAUGUCUGGUUUUCAAGAAGUCUCCACCACAUCACACAAAGAUGAACUUCAACAUGUAUUGCUGACAGCUUCAAUGUAUCAAUGUUCUCCUAGUAAACAGAUUUUGCACUUUUUGAAAUUCUAAAUCCUUUUAAACUGUUGGGAUCUAAUUGAAUUUCUUCAAAGCCUAAUUCAGCAUUUGAAACAUUAAAUAAUCCUUAAGGAAAGGGAAUAACAUACAUUUGUUCUAUCUUUGGCCUUUGGUCAAAUGUAAUGUUUGUACAAUCUGACCGAUGUAUAUAUGUAAUUACUAAAUAAUGUACUCACAUUUAGUGCUUUUCAUAAUAGCUGAGUAAUUAUUGAGCCAACUUUGUGGUUCAACUUUUUAAUGAUUCACCUAAUUUCUACUUGUAAGAAAGAAGUUUGGUGGAAAUCUAACAUAAGAAAACAAAUUACUUUAUUUAUUCGCCUGAUGGACUUUAUCUCAAUACGCCAGUGAGAAUAUUACAUUCCAUCCUUUGUGUUUACAAAUACAGUGUAUUUUGUCUUCAGCUUGUCUAGUCUCAGAGUAAAGUUAGUAUUUCUUUCUGAUUGAGAAGAGUGAGAGAAGUUUUAAGAUAUAGAGAAGGUUGCAUUAGAACUUAUGUACAAUACUUUGUAGUGUAUUGCAUUACAAUGUUUAUAAAUUCAUUCCUUUACUUUUAUAACUUAAACUGUUUUCAUGUUUGUUGAAAAGAUAUCUUGAAUAAAGUGUGUUUUAUAUCUGAUUUUUUUAUUUGUAGAUUUCUCUGAAUAUAUCUUUAAAAGUUGGAAUGUGAUGUGUGUAAGAGUCAAAUUUAAUUAACAAAUUAAUCAGCAAUAGAAUAUUGUUACAGUAUAAAGGUCUGAGCAGAUGCAAAACCCAUGGCUGAAAUCAUAGACUCAUUCUGCUUGGAGUGUGUUCUGUCACAUGUUUCACUUUGUAGCACAAAAAAAAGUAAGCAGACAUGAACAAUUUAAGCUUUUUAUUUGAGUAAUUUAUCUGUUUCGGGUAAUAGAACGUAAUUAAACAAAUGUUGGAUCCAAGCCACUCUGUCUCUUGGAAAAAAGUUAUUACCACCUAAAUAUCAAUAAUCGAUUGUUCCUUCUUCGGCAGUCAAAGCUGCCAUCAAAUGUUCCUAGUAACUAGUAAUGACUGUUUAACAUCAAUGUGGAGGAGUUUUUACCCACUAUGCUUUGCUGAAUUGUUUUUAUUCAGCAUGAAUAGUCUGCUCAAUGUCUAUCUCUCAGUCAGAUUUAAGUCCAGUAUUUGGAUUUAGUCCAGUAUUACACUCCAAAAAGUUGCAUUUUUGGGGCCAUUUGACCAUUCAGCUCCUGCAAAACUCAAAUGAGCUUGAGCAUAAUUUUACUCAACUGAGGCAGUGACGCCUGCAGAGCUUUGGAUGUUGACUUCCUGGCGUUCACUACUGUUUUUGAAUCUCCUUGGAUCGGUGCACUACGCAUUGCUUUGUGACAUAUUUUAUGAUGAUGUUCAGUUGCUUUCCUUCAAAACUGGACAAGUUUGAUUUUUUCUUGUGAUUAUCAUGUUCAAGUGGGAUAUUUUCAUCUGUAAGACUACACCAUACACACAGUAGAACACAAAUGCUUUUAUUAUUAAAAUUGAUCCCUUAUACUACUAAAGGAAAACUGUCAUUAUGGACAAAAUUCAAGAUUUGGAAAGUUACAUUUCUGAAUACAUUUCUAAAUGUAAGCAAUGGGUAAAAAUGCAGGGAUUAUUUGUACUUUGUUAUGCAGAUUGAAUACAAAAUUACUAUGAUUUGUAGUUAUGGAAUGUGCAUUCUAUAACUACAAAUCAUGGGUUACUUUUUGGUCCUUCGAUUUGGAAGAACGCAUCUGUGUGUUCACAUGCUGUGAGCACACAUGUGACUGAUAUGUGACGUGUGCUCACAUUUGCUGCAGUAUGACCAAAGAAAAUGAUUACAUUUGCUUUUCAAAACACAAAGAAUUUCAAGAAAAGAAAGAGGAAAGUAAAAAUACAAAGAAAAACUGACGCACAAACUCUUUACAAAAUAAUCAUCACUGCUCAAAAUUCACUGAACCAGCAGCCGAUAAAGAGGGAAAAUAAGACUCAUGUUUUAUGGUCAUCAGUACUAGAGAAAAUAUUUCCACUUGGUUCCGGUAAUCUGUUGUCCCUGUGUCAUCCCUGUUGGCUAGAUGAUUUCUGUAAAUCCCACUGAUUCUACUGGUUUUGGAAUUUGGGGAAUUUCCAUGGUUGCCUGGGCUAAUAAUAAUAAUGCAAUGCCUAAUAAUUUAUUAUUAUGCCCAGGAUGUGUUUUUAUAAUAAGUAGGCUUUUUAAUAUCUGAUGCUUUGAUUAAUUACUUUUAUUCAGAUGCUCAUAUAUAGAAAAAUAGUUUUUAAAAGACAAAUAUUGUCUUAAAUGUAUUAUAUAAUUAUUAUUCAGUGUGUAAGCAGAUUAGAUUUUAGGAAAUGGGUAUCAUUGCAUGGCUGCACUUAGUAACUUUAUUAGUUUAUUAUAAUGAAUCUUAGUUUAAUACCAAGUAGUUUUGGUUGAGUAAUUAACUGUCUUUCCAUUAACUUUUGCAUUUUGUGGUGAACAAAAAGCUACAUUCUGAAAUAUUUAUCCCAGUUCUAAACAUGGUCUGCACCAGAUCUUCACCAUCACUGGAGAAUCUGUGAAUCAUCAGACUGGGAUCUCUGGAAGCUCUGGUCUGAACGUCUUCCAGCCUUCGGUCCUGGACUUCCUCAAGGGAGAGCAGAGGUCAGAGGUCAGUUGACUCCUUCAGGCUGGCAGCAGCAUGAAGGUCCAUGGAUUCACUGAAGCCUCUUAUCAACAUACAUCUGGUCUAUGUGGACUACAGGUAGAGAACCCAUGAACUAAAGUAAAAGUAAAAAGUGCAGCACAGUAAAAAUACUCCUAAAAGUAUUUUUCCCCCCAAAGUGUUACUUAAGUAAAUGUAACUAUUUAUUACCCAAUUCUGAUCUGGACCAAAAGAUCAGAGUUGAGUCCAUUACUGCUUCACUCCUCCAUUAGUGAAGCAGUAAUGGAAGAGAAGAUCCUCCAGGGGGCGCUCUGGGAGGUCAGUGUUAAGGUAGGUUACAGUCACAAUUCCCAGAUUCCUGAAUCUUUUCCUGACUGCUUUCAGUUCAGAGGAUCUUUUAGUUCCUUCCUGCAGAGAUUUGAACUUUCCACCAUGAUUCCUGUCUGACUCCAGCAGAGCAACAGCACAGAUGAUGCUUUCCAGAACAACUGAACCAGACAGGAAGGGUUGAUGGGUGCAGUUAGUUGGUUUGGACAGCAGAUGGCGCUGCUGCAGGGGGUGCAGAGAGAGGGCAGCAGCUUGCUGUAGGGACACAUAGAAGCAAACAUGAAUAUUUAACAUGUCCUGAACUCUUCAGCUUCUGUUUCCCUCAGAUUUCCCCUAAAGCAGCUUUAAGGUGAAAAACUGCUGCAGCUGGAGGAAUUCAGAAAAACCAACAUGAUGCUUUGCUUUCUGGCCUCCAGCUCCACAGUAGGGCUGGUAGUUUGGAGGUGGAUGUUGACCUGCAGCAGUCACCUCCACACCUGCUGUUUAUUACAUGAACGUCUCCAACCAACACAGAUCCUCAGCUGAGCUGCUGGAGGCUCUGGAACAACUCAGUGGGACAUUUGGAGACACUUUGGAGAAGAAGUCUCGUGAAAUGAGACUCAACUAAACCACAAUAUCCACAUCCAUACAAAUCUGACCAAGCCUGUUUUACUAGAACGUUACUGGAUCCGGAGCUCUGAUUGGGUUCUUUUUUCUGUUUGGUUAGAAAUAAAAACAUAAUUUAAGAUCAAGAUCUACUUCAGGUAGACAAUCAUGCAUCUAGAAAUGAAGUUGAAUAUCUGAAUUUAGAAAUACAAGUAGAAAUAAUAAAGCUGAACUAAACUAAACUAAGCUGAACAGAUCUUCUCCCAGUAUACCUUCUGAUAAAUUCCUGGUUUAUGGAGAAUUAAACUACUUCACACCAAAAUAUGAUGACAGGAAAUGAGCUGGAAACUGAGCCCAAACAUGAAGAAGUUUAAAUAUGAGCAAAGUGUUUCACAGCUCAUUUCAUUGUUGACACAAAGGGAAGAAAACAUGACAGUACAGGUACUUAAACUCACUCUGACAGGACAGGAGGCGGAGCCUCAGGUGAAUAUGGUCUCACCUGAGAACAGGAAGAACAGGUUCAGAUUUCAUUUAGCAACAACAGAACAGAGAGACAAAUCUGGAUCGGGGUGAGUUUUAAGUACUUUUUGUUUUCCUCUCACUGAAUUUUUUUUUCUGUGGCCUGUGAAGAGAAGCAGCAAUUUAGUCUGGUUCUCCAUCAGCUUUAAAUCUUUAUAUCUUCACAGAAAACAGUGUUUUUAUUUUCUGACAGACGGACACAAACUGACAAGCUGAGAAACAGAAAGUGAAAAUAUAUUGUUUUCUCAGUGAGAAUCUUGGACCAACCUGUUUGUCCUGAUUUUUUUAACUGAGUUCACAAUGAGUGUUCCUUUCAGGCUGACUGAAGCCACAAGAUGGAAGAUUGUGAGCAGGAACAGGAUGACAGAGCAGAACAGUCAUAAUAAUGAAGACAAAAAUAUUCCAAUAAAAAAGAAGUCAAUGUUCUGAUCCAAACCUCCAGAUAUGAUGAUUAAAGAUAAGAGCUUAGAUCCAAAGUCAGGAGCUGCAGAACCUUCUUUCCUGCAGUUUUUAGUUCUUUAGUCUUUUCUUUGGUUCUUCAUCCUGGCUGCUCUGACCCAAUGUCUGGAUUUCAGGCCUGAAACUGUGAGACUGACUGAACUCUUUCAGCCAUCUGAGGGGAAGCCCAAUAACAGCAGCUUUAGCCUCUCAGAUUGACUGAAGUCCAGAAAAUGGAAUGUAAGGAUCUAAAGAAAGACAGAGCAGAACCUCCAGGAUCCAUCUGUCCUUCUAUGAGGAGUGACUGGUCCAGACAAGAACCUCCAGACUUCAGUAAUGAACCUGGACCCUCCAACAAAAAUGUUGGUGAAGAGGAGCAGCUGUCCUGCUGUGCUUUGUGUCAGAAAGUUCUGAUGGAUCCAGUCUCUACCAGUUGUGGACACUGGUUCUGCAGACAGUGCAUCAGGUCAUCAGCUGGACUGCUGGCAGCCAAUCAGAGCAGCUGUUCUCCAGCAGAUGUUGGUCUGCAGGAGGUUCUAGAGGAACAUAAGAUCAGUCUGAGGUGGAGAUAUGAAUGUGUGACAGACAGAAGUGAUGAAACAGGAAGUAGAACCCUCCUCAACAGGAUCUACACUGAUCUCUACAUCACAGAGGAACAGAGUGAAGAGGUUAAUACCCAACAUGAGGUGAAGCAGCUGGAGAGAGCUUUCAAGAUCCAAAAGCUUUAUGGCACUCCAAUCAGGUGCCAUGACAUCUUUAAAGCCUUCCCUGAUCAACAUGGAGCCAUCAGAGUGGUUCUGACCAACGGCGUCGCUGGUGUUGGAAAAACCUUCUCAGUUCAGAAGUUCACUCUGGACUGGGCAGAGGGCUUGGAGAACCAAUCUGUCAGUGUGGUGGUUCUGCUUUCGUUCAGAGAGCUGAACUUGAUCAGAGAUGAGCAGCACAGUCUUCUCACGCUGCUCCAUGUUUUCCAUCCAACCCUCCAGAAGCUCCCAGCAGAGCAACUGGCUGUCUGCAAACUUCUCUUCAUCUUUGAUGGCCUGGAUGAAAGCAGACUUUCACUGGACUUCAACAACAGUCAGCUGGUUUCUGACGUCACACAGAAGUCAUCAGUCAAUGUUCUGCUGACAAACCUCAUCAAGGGGAACCUGCUUCCCUCGGCUCUGAUCUGGAUAACUUCCAGACCUGCAGCAGCCAAUCAUAUUCCCCCUUCAUUUAUUUCCAGGGUAACAGAAGUACGAGGCUUCACCGACGCCCAGAAGGAGGAGUACUUCAGGAAGAGGUUCAGUGAUGAAGAGCUGUCCAGCAGAAUCAUCUCCCACAUCAAGGCCUCCAGGAGCCUCCACAUCAUGUGUGGAAUCCCAAUCUUCUGCUGGAUCACUGCUACAGUUCUGGAGAACAGGUUGACCUCAGAGCAGAGAGGAGAGCUACCCAAGACCAUAACUGACAUGUACUCCCACUUCCUACUGGUCCAGACAAAGACAAAGAGCAAUAAGUACCAUGGAGUACAUGAGAGAAGUCCACAGGAGCUGAUGGAAGCUGACAAGGAAGUUCUUCUGAAGCUGGGGAGGCUGGCGUUUGAACAUCUGGAGAAAGGAAACAUUAUGUUCUACCAAGAAGACCUGGAGCAGUGUGGUCUGGAUGUCACAGAGGCCUCAGUGUACUCAGGAGUUUGUACAGAGAUCUUCAAAAGAGAGAAUCUGAUCUUCCAGAAACCAGUCUACUGCUUUGUUCACCUGAGCAUCCAGGAGUUUCUGGCUGCAGUCUACAUGUUCCACUGUUUUACCAAUAGGAACACAGAGGUGGUGGAGAAGUUCCUGAGGGAACAAGACACUGACAAGAAAAUAGAUGCGAUGGAGAGAAUCCUGCAACAAAAUUACUGUGAACCAUCUCUGGAGGACUUCAUGAAGAGAAUUUUGGAAAAAUCUCUCAGCAGUAAAAAUGGCCACCUGGAUCUGUUUGUCCGCUUCCUUCAUGGCCUCUCUGUGGAGUCCAACCAGAGACUCUUAGGAUGCAUGUCAGUUCAGACAGAGAACAUCCAUAGAGUCAUCAAAAAUCUGAAGGAGAUGAACAGCAAUAAAAUCUCUCCUGAGAGAAGCAUCAACAUUUUACACUGUUGGGUGGAAAUGAAGGACAUCUCAGUUUAUGAGGAGAUCCAACAGUUUCCGAAAUCAGAUAAUAGAUCAGAAAAGAAGCUCUCAGAGAUCCAGUGCUCAGCUCUGGCCUACAUGCUGCAGAUGUCGGAGAAUGUUUUGGAAGAGUUGGACCUGAAGAAAUACAACACAUCAGAGGAGGGAUGCCUGAGAUUGAUUCCAGCCCUGAGGAACUGCAAAAAGGCUCGACUUGCUGGCUGUAGACUCUCAGAGGUUGAAUGUGAAGUUGUGGCCUCAGCUCUAAAGGUGAACCCCUGCCAUUUGACUGAGCUGGAAAUAAGUGAGAUCUUUGGAGUGAGAGACAGUGGAAUGAAACAUCUGUGUGAGAUCCUGGAGAAUCCAGUGUGCAAAGUGAAGAUUCUGAGAUCGUGGAAGAGCAGUUUGUCAGAGAUCAGCUGUGCUGCUCUGGCCUCAGCUCUGAAGUCCAACCCGUCCCAUCUUACAGAACUGGGUCUGAGUGGGAACAGAGAUCUGAAAGAUGCUGGAGUGAAGGAGCUCUGUGGUUUUCUACAAACUGCUGAAUGCAGACUGCAGAUAUUGAUAUUGGAGGACUGCAGUUUGUCAGAGAUCAGCUGUGCUGCUCUGGCCUCAGCUCUGAAGUCCAACCCCUCCCAUCUCAGAGAACUGGAUCUUAGCCUUAAUGACUGCAACGAUGCUGGAGUGAAGGAGCUCUGUGGUUUUCUACUGACUCCUCUCUGUAAAUUACACACAUUGAGGUUGAUCAGCUGCAGGUUGUCACAGAUCAGCUGUUCUUCUCUGGUCUCAGCUCUGAAGUCCAACAGCCUCCAUCUGACUCAACUAAACCUGAGAGGAAACGGCCUGAAGGAGUCAGAUGUUCAACAGCUGGAGGAUCUUGUAACCAGUCCAGACAACCAACUCAAUUAUUUGUUUUGGUGAUUAACUUUAGAAAGAAGAGAAUCGUCUCUGUUUCCUGCUGAUCCUCAGAGGUUGAAGCUGCAGCAGUUUGAGUCUAAAGAGACUCUGACUGGAUCAUGAUGACCUUUGACCUGAAUGAUUUCCAUCCUGUUUAUUUCCUCCUGUCUGUCAUUUUGUAUCUAAUAUUGUUUUCUCUUUGGAUCGAUGAAGAUGAAAUUGUAACUCAUCUCCAUUUAGAGGCUUCAUGGAGUUUUGAUCUGAACUUGAUUCAGUUUUUAAAGUUUAUCAUUUUUCUCUGGUUCAUUUUCAUCCUGGAAGCAGAAAUAUGAAACAUAUUUCAGUUCAGCCGUUUCCAGGCUGCAUGUUUGCUUCAUUUGAAUUCAGUUUCUGAUGUUUGUGCAGCUCUGGUCUUUCUAUCUGCUGCUGUAAACGACUCAGUGAGGAAAUGAUGCAAUGAAACUUUUACUGAUGAUUUUAAAUAAAUAUUUUAAUUUCCUGGUA